GCUGAGCCGUUCCCAGGCUCCAGCACAGUGUUAGCAGAAAGGUAGGACCUGGUUACAGCCACCUGCCGGCCAGCGGCCCUACCCACAGUCAGGCUGCGCGUGCUCAGGCCUGGUCCCCUCUAAAAAAUGUGAGUCCCGCCCCUCUCCCCCUCCCCAGCUCCACCCGCCGCGCCCGUGGGAUCUGGGGCUGCGCGGCGGGCGCCGGGAGCCGGGAGCCGGGAGCCUGGAGCCGGGCGAGCUUCCCAGCGCGCUGGGGGAGGGGACGGCGGCGGGGCGGGGCCUGGGCGCCUAGCGGAGCCUUAUUCCCGGCCGCGCGCCGGCGGCGCUCAGUCGAUCCUGGGAGGGAGCGGCACGCCGCACGCGGCUGGACAGACUGACCGAGGCGCGGGUGCUCGGGCGUACGGACGCACGCCCGGAGUAGACAGAAGCCCAGCGGCCGCGAGCUCCGCUCAGGUCCCAGCGGCGCCUGCACCCAGAGGCCGCCCGCAGAUCGAGCCCGCCCCGGCGUCCGAGCCAGCGCCCCGCGGCCGCUGCCUGCAAAGUGCUCGCCGCCUGGCCGCCUCCGCUCGCUCGGGGACCAUGAAGCUGCUGCGGUCGGUGGUGCUGAAGCUCUUUUUGGCUGCAGUGCUCUCGGCGUUGGUGACUGGGGAGAGCUUGGAGCGGCUUCGGCUUCGGAAGGGACUGGAGGCUGGAACCAGCAACCCGGACUUUUCCACUGAAUCAGCGGACCAGCUGCUGUCCCCGGGAGGCGGCCGGGGCCGGGAAGACCUGGACUUGGAAGAGGCAGACCUAGACCUUUUCGAAAGAGAAUCAAACUUAACAGAGUCCCUUUCUCCUGCAGCUGCUUUCUCCUCUAAGCCGCAAGCUGUGGCCACAUCAAGCAAAGAGGAACAUGGGAAGAGAAAGAAGAAAGGCAAGGGACUAGGGAAGAAGAGAGACCCAUGUCUUAAGAAAUACAAAGACUACUGCAUCCACGGCGAAUGCAAAUAUGUGAAAAACCUCCGUGCUCCCUCCUGCAUCUGCCACCCGGGUUACCAUGGAGAGAGGUGUCAUGGGCUGAGCCUCCCUGUGGAGAAUCCUUUGUAUACAUAUGACCAUACAACCAUCCUGGCUGUGGUAGCUGUGGUGCUAUCAUCUGUCUGUCUGCUUGUCAUCGUGGGGCUUCUUAUGCUUAGGUACCACAGGAGAGGAGGUUAUGAUGUGGAAAAUGAAGAGAAAAUGAAGUUGGGCAUGACUGCUUCUCAUUGAGAGAGACCUGUGCUCAAGGAAUCAUCUGAGGACUACUACCUCUGAAAAGUUACAAGCUUAUUGUAGACUCUGCAGAGAAGAAGGACUUGGCAACUUGCCGUGAAGACACCUUCAUCCCCAGUUGCUGUCUAGAUUGGGCCUUCUGUGAUUGCUUUGCCAAAAUACUGGAGCCUUCAAGUGCCAAAUAGAAUAUGUCCAGUGGGAUCUGGACCAGAAAAGGCAAAUUGAGAGACCUUCAGGCCCUUGUUUCCCUUUUUCCCAAGCCCCAUCUACCCCCAUAUGUUUGUUUAAAUACUUAUCUUCUGGAUUAAAAUGCCAGUUAAAUUCCAUAUGCUCCAGGAUCUCUGAGUGAAGGAAUGAAGAAAAAAGAAGAAAAAGAAGAUGAAGAAGGAGAAGAAAAAGGAGAGAAUUGUGGACUAGAAGAAAGUAAUAAAGACUGAGAAGCCAUGUGCUCAAGCAGCCACCAAGGAAUCUUUCAUCUGGAGCCUAUGGCUCUGGAUUUGAUGAACUAACUGUGAAAUACCAUAAGCCUGAGGACUCUGAAUUUUGGGACUUCUACUCAAAUGGAAAAAUAACAACUAUUUUUUGUUUGUUUGUAAAAUGCCUCUUAAAUUAUAUAUUUAUUUUAUUCUAUGUAUGUUAAUUUAUUUAGUUUUUAACAAUCUAACAAUAAUAUUUCAAGUGCCUAGACUGUUACUUUGGAAAUUUUCCUGGCCUGCCACCCACUAUCCCCCACCAUCUGGUUCAGCAUCAUACUCCUCUGCCACAAAUCUGAGAUGGCUCUGUGACCCAUCUGCAGUAACCUGUCAUCUGCCCAUAUUUCUGAAGCUCUUUCAUGAUCAGAAUGCCACAGGGGAAAUCUGGAUGGUCAGGAUGUAGGAGUUAACUUUGUCAGGUCUGCUCUAUGAGUUGGACUGCAAUCUUGCCUAGGCAAUUUUGUCUACCGUUUGUGUUUUGAAAGUCCAAGGUGCUGAUGUCAAAGUAUAACAUAUAUUGGUGUUUCCCUGUGUCCUCUCCCCACCAAGUCUCAGAAGAGAUUGGGCUUUCAUUGCCUAAAGUUUUUCUGGCUCCUCACCCACCCUUACCACCCUACCCCUAUGAUCCCAGGCCCACAGUGUGGGGACUCAUUUCCCUUUGUGUCAAGACAUUUCUCUUAUUUCUGUCAUUCUUCUGGUGCUACUCCAUGCAGGGGUCAGUGCAGCAGAGGAUAAUCUAGAGAAGGUGUUAUCAAUGUAAAAAAAAAAAAAAAAAAAAAAGGCUAAGGAGGAACAGGAAACAUUGUUCUGUUCUUGGUGACUGAUAAUGUAACAAUUGCUGUAGAGAAAGUUGGGGGUGAGGAAAGCUUUCCUAUAAACCUACUCAGCUCACCAAAACUGCAAAGGUAUGCUGUUAUGGUCCCUUCUGGAAGUUUCUGGUGCCAUUUCUGAACUGUUACAACCUGUAUUUUCAAAACUGGUUCAUAUUUAUACUUUGAAAUCCAAAUAAAGAUAACUCUUACUCCAUA